AUGGAUACGUCACCACUACCCAUGAUCAAAGCCAUCCUCCCCAAAGUCCCCCUCAUAGGCAAAACCGCCAUCUCGCACACAUUAGGCUUCUCAGAACACUCCCAAUACUGGGAUCUCCGCACCGAACUUAUAAUCAAUGUCCUCCGCUCCUUCAUCAACGACUCGCCGCCACGGCCUCUCUCUCAGCUACAACGCAUGUCUCUCAAGGGACCAGAGGUCAAGGGUAGGAUGUGGGUGAGCAGGAUCACGAUGCCGAAGCCGCAGGAAGAUGAUGUUAGACAGAAGCUGUUUAAAGCUAUGCAGGGGCUGAGGGAGGAGGGUGAUGGCGAGGGAGGAUAUACAGAGCCGGAGCUGAGGGCUGUGGAGGCCGAGUGGGUUGGGUAUAGAGCUGGUGCUACAAAGGCGAAUGUAGAAUUGAAAAUUCCGGAAAAGCAGAAAUAUGAGGAGUUGAUGAAAGAGGUGCAAUCGCCUACCACGGUACUGUACUUUCAUGGAGGUGCUUAUUAUCUCAUGGAUCCAGCAACCCACCGCCCAACAACAAAGAAACUCGCAAAACUCACCAAAGGCCGCUGUCUCUCAGUCCGCUACCGUCUCGCUCCUCAAAACCCCUUCCCCGCCGCCCUCCUCGACGCCCUCGUCUCCUACCUCACCCUCCUCUACCCACCCCUAGGCUCAUUCCACGCCCCCGUCUCCCCGUCCCACAUAGUCUUCGCCGGCGACUCCGCAGGCGGCAAUCUCUCUCUCGUCCUCCUCCAAACGCUCCUCGAACUCCAGCGCCAAAACCUCACCAUAACCUGGAACGGCACUGAGCAGUCUAUCCCCCUCGCCGCCGGUGUAGCCGUCUGCUCCCCUUGGACAGACAUAACGCACUCCUCUCCCUCGUGUUCCACAAACCGCAAAUUCGACUACCUCCCCUCGUUGGCAGAAACCAACGCCUCAACGCGGUACCCUCCCGACUCGAUCUGGCCUGCGAAUCCUCCCCGCAAGAACCUCUACGCGGAAGACGCCAUCCUCUGCCAUCCGCUGGUGUCGCCCCUCGCGGCGAAAGACUGGACGGGGUCAUGUCCGAUGUUCAUUGAGACGGGGCAGGAAUUGCUUACGGACGAGGAUAGGUAUGUAGCUAUGGUUGCGGCGAGGCAGGGUGUCAAGGUGGUGUAUGAGGAGUAUGAGACGAUGCCGCAUUGUUUUGCGAUGGUGCUGGAGACGUUGCCGGCGAGUAGGAUGUUUUUUGAGAGCUGGGCCGGGUUUAUUCGUGGGGUUGUGGACAGGCCGGAUGGUGUGGAGGGGAAGGGGAGGGUGGUGAAGCCGAAGACGUUGGAGGUGAAGGUGGUGGAUGUUAAGGGGUUGAGUGAGAGGAGUGGGGAGGAGGUGAGGAAGGGGAUGAGGGAGAGGGUGAAGUUCAUGAGUGGGGAGAUGCCGGAUCCGAUGGCGAAAUUGUAGAGUAAAAGAAAGCUAGGUGCAUGUUCGCAUUAUAAAUAGAUCUAGAGGUCUAUAUUGGCAUAUAGAGUUAGUAAUUGCAUGGUAACACAUAUUACGCGAAGUC